CCGCCUGAGCCCGGCCCCGGCCCCGGCCCGGGGGUCUCUGUGCCCCCCAGCUCGGGGUGCCCGGUGACACCCCCACACACACACCUCUGGCCCCAGCCCGAGGAUCCCAGCCCCAUGGUCCCGCCAGGCCCUGGGGUCUCUCUGCCCCACCUGGGAGUCCCAGCGCUGAUCCCCCCCAGCCCGGCAGUCCCGUCCCCACCGACCCCCCCAGCCCGCAGGUUUCUGCCCCCCAUCGCCUCAGCACCCUUCCCCUUGCAGAGAGCAGUGGGGUCAGCCCAGCCCCCGCGACACACCCACCCAAGGGCCCAAGGAAGGGACAAGGACCCGGGACAGCCCCCCGCCAUGGCUGGGCAGGGGGAGACCCUGCCUGGGGGCCGUGAGAAGACGUCCCUGGGGGUGACCCUCACCGACAGCCUCAUCGCCAUGAGGAACCUGCCUCGCCUGGUGGAACCCCUGCACCCAGAGAGCCGAUCCACGGAGCUGCUGUCCCCCUCGACUGUCCGCUUGGACCGGGAGAACAUCUGUGCUAUCGGGAGGCUCCAGAGCCUGUGGGAGAUUCACAGCCUCUACCUGCAGCAGAACCAAAUUGAGAAGAUUGAGAAUCUGGGCUGCUUUCCCAACCUGCGGUACGGGCAGCUCCUGCUCCCAAGGAGAUCUCUUUCCAUGGUCAGAGGAGAGUGGGGCUCCCUCCUUCCCUUGGCAGAGCCGGGGGAGGUUCGAGUUGCAGCCCCUGACAGCCUGGUGCUGCUGGCUCUGACCCUGGGGGCCGUGGCGUCCCCCCCACCUCACACCGCUGCCCUCCCUGUGCUCUGCAGGUUCCUCUCCCUGGCUGGAAACCGCAUCCGCAGAGUGGAGAACUUGCAGACCCUGCGACACCUGCGUGUCCUGGACUUGUCCCACAACCAGAUACAGACGCUGGACCCAGAUGAGCUUCCCCGCAGCCUCCGUCUCCUUGACUUAACGGGAAACGAAUGCACCCACCAGGAUGGAUACAGAGAGCUGGUGGUGGGAGCCCUGCCCCACCUCCUGCAGCUGGACGCCCAGCAUGUCCGUGGCGGUGUGGGUGAGGAAAAGGAGGAAGGAGGCUCUUCCAGCAGUGAGGAUGAAGACGACGAGCUGCUCUCUGAGCCGAGCGGCCCUUUCACUGCAGGCAAAGAUUUCUUUGCGGAUCUGCACCGGGAGCUGGCCGGGCGCUCACGGCGGAGGCGGAGGGAGGCCCUGGAGGAACACCAGACCCGUCUGGAAGAGCUGGAGGAGCUGCAGGAGUGUCGGGGUCUGCUGCUGCCUCCUGCACCACUGAGCCCAGGCCGUGAGGGAGCAGCCUGCAUCACGACCCCAGGACCCAGGUGGUCUCAGCCCCGUCCCCAAGCGAAACUGGGGACGCAGCUGCCACCCCUGCCGGGACCUGGUGGGCAGCACGCCUGCCCGCAGCCCCAGCGACCUCCCGGCGGGAGCCAGCCCCGGACUAAGGCUCUGGAGGAGGAGACUCGCGCUAAAGGAGCGAAAAAUAGGCAGUUACCCCGAAUACUCCGCACCAGCAUGGCACCGCAUGGUUGGGAUUAAAGGCUCUUUAUUCCUACACCAAUCUGUCUGUCUGCCACAGAGCCCCCAGCCCCACAGCCAGCCCCAGAG